CCUCCUCCUCUUCUCGCCCUGCCUGCACUAUAUGUUACAUUUCCAGCCCUCUCCUCUCGCUUUGCGCAAGCGGACGUCCACUGCACAGCGACACAAGUGCGCACUUACAGGCGGCGGAGACAGCGAGGCACGGCAGGCACGGCAGGCAAGCAGGCGGACGGACGGAACGGCGGCGGCGGCGGCGACGGCGGGUACCGGUGCGACGACGCGGCGGCGUGUGUGUGUGUGUCUUUGUUGGAAACCGGAGGACUGGAUGGUGGAUUUGUUUAUUCCAAGGAUUUGGAUCGGGGGCUAGGAUAACUUCGCAUGGGACAAAACCCGCCUUCUUUCAUGUCAUCCACCGAUUUGUUUCGCCCGGCGUGUUGACGCCAGUGGAAAAAAAAGGGGGAAACGGAGGCUGGAGGAGCGCAAUUGACAGAUAGGCGACAUGAAUAUACACGCGUUUCCGUCCACCAGCUGUACAGGAUAGAUGCAACAAAAAACGGCGUGUGAUGUCUUUUUUUUUUUUUUUUUUUUUUUUUUUUAAUGUGACUUCAGGAGCUUACACAGAUGAUCCCAUGCAGCAACGGGGGUCGAAAUAAACGGAGACAAGAAAGAGAUGCUCUGCUGCACGCUUGAGGUUUUUGCACCGUAGGGCAACGUGUUAUUGACGAUUUGCACGGCGUGGAGAAAAAAAAAAUGCACCGAGACACAACUUUGUUCACAGGCCUGACUGACUGCGAGACGUUUCAUUAUCUUUCAUAAAAGUACAUUUAUGUGUUAGACUGGCGUAUGCUGUAGUAAUCCUGUUACAGCUUAGUGCUUCUUCAGUAAACGCUAGUGCCAUUUAUCUAUCAGCCCCGAAGCCCUGUGCUGUUUUAUGUUUUAGAUUUUAAACCCAAAUCCCGCAGUCUAUUGAUGUCAGUGAUUGCGUUAUGUAGAUAGACCCCCAAGCUCUGGAGUUGUGUUGGCAAAUGAUUGGUAAAUUUGUAGAUGUAGGCAGGCCUAACCUUCGCUUAUGCAGAUCCAAUCGAUAGCGAGAUAAAGACAGCUCUGGCAGGCUGUUUAUGCUACUCUGCAAGUGUCACGGGGGUGUGUUUUAAAAUCCCGCAUAUCUUAGUUGUUUUUACACAUGCAUCAAAGCGGCAGAGAAGCUGCACGGUAGAGAGUGGAGACCCAUCAAAAAAAAAACACUCACUGUGUAGUCUCGGAGAGAAAAUACUGUAAGGCAACGUCUCAAGAAAAGUUUCAAUGGUUUUCCGAAAGUUGCCCGGUGUGUCGGCAUCGGGCAUGGGUCUGCGCCUGUCCCAGAAAUUCGUUUUUCUGCUCUUUCUUUCGGGAUUGGUAACACUGUGUUUUGGGGCCCUUUUCUUUUUGCCAGACUCUGUCCGACUAAAACGCAUUUUUCUGUCCAAGACAGAAACCCAGCCGGUCACGGUUGGCUCCGGGUCCGAGAACGAUGCAAGGGAGCACUUAAAAAGACCCAAAGACCAGGAUCACCCGCGGGGUAUGGCCUCGGUAAAGGGAGAGACCAGCACCAAACUGAAAAGUCUGAGCCGCAAACCGUCCGUCUCUCAUGAGGCGACCGAGGAGCGGCUCGCCGGGGGGAAAGCGCAGGAGGAUUUGACUCUGCCCAGGUCGAAAACGGAGUCCGCCUCGGAGAAAGCGACCUCCGCCGACCAUGCUGCCAGCUCGGAUACUUUCAGUUACGUGAAGUUCAAAAGGUGUCUGCUCAAACCCCCGCUGGGGAGUGACGGCGGCAAACCGAGCGACCCCCAGACCAACGAGCGCCGGGAGAAAGUCAAAGAGAUGAUGAAGUUUGCCUGGGACAACUACAAGCAGUAUGCCUGGGGCAAGAAUGAGCUGCGGCCUUUGACCAAAAACGGGCAUAUUGGCAACAUGUUUGGUGGCCUGAGAGGAGCGUCCAUCAUUGACUCACUGGACACACUGUAUAUAAUGGGAUUGAUGGAUGAAUAUAAAGAUGCCAAGGAAUGGGUGCAGACCAACCUGGACCUAAAUUCGAAUGGCGAGGCAUCGCUUUUUGAGGUGAACAUCCGUUACGUCGGCGGGUUGCUGUCAGCCUACUACCUGACAGGAGAGGAGUUGUUCAAGAGUAAAGUGUUGGAGCUGGGAGAGAAGCUGCUGCCUGCCUUCAACACGCCAACAGGAAUCCCCCGAGGAGUCAUCAAUCUGGGGAGUAGUGGCACCAGUUGGAGUUGGGGAUGGGCCUCAGCCGGGAGCAGCAUCCUGGCUGAGUUUGGGACCCUGCACCUUGAAUUCGUCCAUCUGACCGAGCUCUCCAACAACCCCAUUUACACAGAGAAGGUGAUGAACAUCAGGAAACUGCUGAACAAGAUUGAAAAACCCCACGGCCUGUACCCCAACUUCCUCAGUCCAGUCAGCGGCAACUGGGUCCAACAUCACGUUUCCAUCGGUGGCCUCGGAGAUAGUUUCUAUGAGUAUCUGAUCAAAUCAUAUCUGAUGUCAGACAAGACGGACGACGAUGCAAAGAAGAUGUACUACAGCGCACUGGAGGCGAUUGAAGCUAACCUGGUACAGAAGUCACCCGGUGGCCUCACCUACAUGGCCGAGUGGAGGGGAGGGAUCCUGGAUCACAAGAUGGGCCACCUGGCCUGCUUCUCUGGGGGCAUGAUAGGCAUUGGGGCCGAUGACGGAGCUGCCGAGAAGAGGCAACACUACCUGGACCUGGCUGCUGAGAUCACACACACAUGCCAUGAGAGCUACACACGCUCAGCCACCAAACUGGGACCUGAGGCGUUCAGAUUUGACAGCGGAGCUGAAGCUACAGCAACCAGACUGAGCGACAGAUAUUACAUCCUACGACCAGAAGUCAUCGAGAGCUACAUGUACAUGUGGAGACUGACCCAUGACCCCAAGUACAGAGAGUGGGGCUGGGAGGCUGUUGAGGCCCUGGAGCAGCACUGCAGAGUGGAGUUUGGCUUCUCUGGGAUCCGAGACGUUUACACCAUGACAGUCAGCCACGACAACAUGCAGCAGAGCUUCUUCCUCUCAGAGACACUCAAAUAUCUUUACCUGCUCUUCUCUGAUGACGACCUUCUCCCACUGGAGGACUGGGUCUUCAAUACAGAAGCCCACCCGCUGCCCAUCAUCCGUAAGAGCUGCCUGCAGGACGAAGCGACACAGGAUAAGACAGUCUCCGAAUAAGACUGACCACCACCCAACACUUGAGACGGUUAAUGACACAUUUGCACAAUUCAUGUGCACACACAAGUCAAAUAUUGCAAACACCAAUUAAAUGCAGGUUCAGAGUCUUUUCAGGAGCGUGUUAUAGACUCUCAAUUCCUUUCCAGUAAAGGAUGUUGUCGUUUUACGCUGUGAUUGUAUAUCCUUUCGCCGGGGUUACUUCCUGCUGGCACUUCUUUUUUGUGGACAAUCAAGACAAACAUGACUUUCAUGAAAAGA